AGCUCAAGUGGGGGCUCAAGUCGAUCCUGGUCGCAUUCGCCGUUGCUGCAUGAACCGUGCACAUGCCCCUUGGUGCGCGGCGCAGCGUCAUCUUUUCUCUCUGCGCAUGCACAUCUGCACUGCCAGUGUUACUGGCUUUCCGCGGGUACUGGUGGCUCGAUGCGGUUCUUGGCCAGCCCGUUUGUUCUACGGGCCCAGCUCGUUCGUCGACGUGUUUCGCUCGCCUUCAGCUACGUGGGCCCUGGAUUCAACUCUCCACGCCGCUAGACAAAUUUUCGUUUCUAGGGUUUCCCGUUUUCCGUGAUGCUCGGUCGUCAACACCGCCAGAUUUUCUUGAGUCCAUGUUGAAAUCCGAGUUGAUGGGGCCUGCGGUCAUUCGUUUUCUAUACAACGUUGGAGGUGAUGAUUCUUUUGCUCCCAAUUUGGAGCCUUUCGCUUUGGAAGUGCCUCAGUUGCCGUUGUUCCCGUUUGAUUGCGCUCAGUUUCCAGAUUCUUGCCGUCGGAGUAAUAUUGCCAGGGAUUGUUUCGUCUUGUAUCCAGGCCACGGCGGGCGUGGAGUGAAGCUGGCUGGCAACUUUGAUGAUCCACGGCAAUAUUCAAAUUCUCUGCGGAUGGCCUUUGCAAAGAUAUUUCCUGGUGCUGUCCCGGGUGCCUCUGACCAGGAAUUUGAGGACGAGUUGGUAGCGUUACACGUACAUAUGUGGUGGAACCGGUCCGAAGUGCCGUUGGAUUGGUAUUUGCUUGUGGCGUUGUUCAAACACGAUGUCAAUUUCCGUGCAUCAUCAGUGAGUGGCCCAGCAGCAUUUGAGGUAAAGGCAGCACGAAAAGAAGGCAACGUGGUAGCAAUGCACCAAGACAUCACGAACACCUCAUUGGCGGCACUGCGCGAAGCGAUUGGGCAAUUCGUUAAAGACCCUGGUGGACACGCGAGCGAAGCGCUGCAUCUUGGUAUGGUCCAGGGUUCAGUGUUGUCGCUGGGUCUGACGACCCUGCUUGUGUUGCUUGUGUCUGUUUCGAGCAUGGCUGCUGGGAGCAUCUUUCUGCAGGCUCCCCACGUUAAGACGAACGCGGACGACAAACUCAUGGUGGAGAAUUGUUCAGUUUGCCUCGCUCCAUUUGUCAACCCAGUCACAUUGACAUGUGGUCAUUCCCUUUGUCGUGUCUGUUUUAAGAGAGCAUGGUUACCACAAGCAGCAGAUUGGGUGGCGCCGAAAUGUCAUUGCGGCAGGCACUUGCAAAUGGAAGUCCCUGCCGUGAAUUUUGCAUUGCAGUGUUUGCAUGAGGCGGCACUUGGCGAGCGCUUCAAGACAUUGGUGGAAGAGGCGGCACAUGAAGAAAAGAAUUUGGACGAGUUGCUCUCUUGCCCCGAUGGGUACCAGCGUGGCUCAAAAGUCAUGAGCAGAGUCGAUGCUAGCCAGCGAGAUAAAUCAAUCAGGAGGGGGGACGAAGGUAUUGUUUUGGGCCCGGCACCUGGUCUUGCCGCGAUCCAUUCACGGUGUGUCGUGUGUUGUUUUCCACCAGACGACAAGGUGUUGACCCUUGCUUCAAAUGAAUUGUGCAAGGCAUUUCCAGAAGGACUUCGGAUAGGUCAACGAUGCAAGAGUUUGACAGCAGAACACAAUUGGAAGCCGCGCCCAUUGAAGAUUGGCGAUGAGGGCAAGAUCCUUGGGCCAGCACCUCCGCCUCAUGAAGUGAGGGUAAACUUCGGAGGAGAUCCACCGCUGCAGGGAAACAUGUAUUUCAACCAAAUCUGCAAGUCGGAGGAAUUUGAUGAACGUCUCGGUGGAUUUCAUGUUGGGCAAGUGUGCAAGAGUUUGGUAGCAUAUCCUGAUUGGCAACCGCGUCCUUUAAACUUGUUCGACGAAGGUAAGAUAGUUGGGCCAGCACCUCCCCCCCAUGAAGUGAAGGUAGACUUCGGAGGAGAUCCACCGUUGCAGGGGAAGCUGUACUUAAAUCAAAUCUGCAAGGCGGAGGAAUUCGAUGAACGUCUCGGCGGAUUUCAUGUUGGGCAAUCUUGCAAGAGUUUGGUGGCAUACCCCGACUGGCAACCGCGCCCUCUGAACCUGUUCGAGGAAGGGAGAAUCGUGGGACCGGCACCUCCGCCCCAUGAGGUGAGGGUGAACUUCGGAGGAGAUCCACCGCUGGAGGGGAAGCUGACACUCCACUUCAUGCCUCUCGGCACGGUGUCGGAUUUCAACCAAAUUUGCAAAUCUGUUGAGUUUGAACAACGUCUUGGUGGAUUUCAAGUUGGGCAAUUGUGUAAGAGUUUGGUCGCAUAUCCCGAUUGGGAACCGCGUCCGCUGAGCAUUGGCGACGAAGGCAAGAUCCUUGGGCCAGCAUCUCCACCUCAUGAAGUGUGGGUAAAUUUCGGUGGCAACCCAACGAUGCGGGGCAAGCUCCGUUUCAAUCAUAUCUGCAAGGUUGAACAGUUUGAGGAGCGCAUCGAGCAAGGUCGGCGACGCCUUGGAGACUUCCAGAUUGGUCAGCGUGUUCAAAGUUUGGUCACAAUGCCUCGUUGGACACCGCGACCUUUGCAUGUCGGCGAUGUUGGCGUGGUGAUUGGACCGGCUCCUGCGCAUCUGAGGCAUUGCGAUGUGUCUGUAAUGUUCGAUGGCAAUCCACCGAUGACCGGUUCUUUACGUUUCAGAGAGCUCACCAAGAUUGAGCUUUAGAAGACAGAUAUGUUUGCUGACUCUGCACAAACAUUGCAACUUGUUUGAUUGAACUUUACUUUCUCUUUGAAGGAUGUCAUCCCGCCCCGACAGCGGACACCUCGGACCCCCAAGGCAUAGGAUAUCCUGCCCCUUCCUUAGAGCAGCCCAGCAUUUACAAGAAAUGGUGUAAUUUGCAAGUUCACCUGUGUGGUACAAUAUUCCCGCACAGCGCAUGCACAAGGAGCUCGUAUGUGUUUCAUAAGGAACUGGCUUCGGCUUCCAAAUUUUGAGCCCGUUCGCAACCGUUGCGGUCGCCCUGGCCAGCGACACUACUAGCAUUCUCACUAGCUAUGUCCGAAAAGUCUUUUGCACGAAUGGGUUAUUUUUUAUCAGUUUGCGAGGGAUUGGGCAGCGUCUUCCGGAUUCUCGGCUCGUGGGCGCCCCGUGGGCACCCAGUCGCCAUUUCGUUUUUGUUUUUCUUGCGUCGAGGCGCAUAUUGCCCUGCGUGGUGCGUCGUCGUGUUGAAUUGCUUGGCACCACAUGGGGCGUUUCAACAAAAAGGCCUUCAUAGAUUGCACUAUGUCACUAUGUGGGAUCUUUGGUGGGAUCCUGUCCUCAUAGCCUCGAGCGCAUUCUGGUGCUCCCUUGUGGUCCGUGAGAUGCGCGCAGGCGUGUCUGUUGCCAGGCAUCGUCUGCGCGGAGGGCGGACGCGGGAAGGGCCAGGACCUUUCCCGCUGGGCAGUUCACGACGAGAGGCUCGAGCAACGCGUCCCAUGCGCUGAUCGCUUAGGGCAGCAGCUCCAGAGCGAAGGAUACAGAGGGCGUCUUUGGGGGGAAGGUCCUUGCCGCAGGGGGCGCUGUUGCCUCGAGUGUCGCGCGUGCGCGUGCGCCGGCUGUGCACGACGAGCCCGCCACAUGGCCAGAGUGUUCAGAGUGGCUGUUGCCAGCAAAUGGGCGGUCCAUUCAUGAGAAUUCGGCAUCUGAUCCUUAGUUUUUGGGUCGCGGGCUGCUCCGGGUAUUUGGUCGUAUGAGGUUUGUCUGGAAGCAGCCUGCAAGGAAUUGUUGGUCGCUUAUGGUAAGUCGUCUGCCACGUGCACGGCGGAUAUUUUGCACAGCACGCCAAGAUCCUGCCAUGAUGCAUUGGCUCCGCGGUCACAUCUCGCAUGUAGACUUCGCCAUCCGAGCGAUCUCUACGCAACGUGCACACAGGCGCGCACCAGCGCUUGCACCACAUUGGCUCCGAGCAGAGGUUGUGUCCAGUCGAGUCGAAGUCCUCUAUGGGACUCGGUGGUGCCCCGCGGACUUCAAUCCACCCCACCACUCCGAUAUGCACUUUGCUGAGCACGUCAGCGUGGGCGGGCAGCUAAGCUUGUCAUUGGCUUCUUGAUGCUUCUUGGCCGCAGCUCUGAUGACACGCGGCUGUAGGGUAUAUCAGGGGGCACUUGAUCAAAAGAGGAA